UUCUGUGGACCAUCACAACUUUCACUUCCGAUCCGAAGAAAACAGGUCCUUAAUUUUGUAUAUUUACAUUCAAAAUCUGUUUUCAAUAGGACAGACAGGAUUUGCUCAAAUUAAGUUUGAGUAUCCCCUUCUGCAUUAGUACAUCCUACAGAGAAUUAGUUCGUAAAAUCAGGAUUUAAAACGUGUAAUUAAUGCCCAGCAUUAUAAAUACAUCAAAUAACACAGUUUUCUGACCAGAAUUCCAACUUUGUUCUAAUAUGGGCACUGCAGGUUCACUAGUCCGCGUAUGUAUAUAAACAAUAACAUCUACGUUUAAUGCUUUGUGGUCACUGGAAAAAUCUAUAAUAAUUCUCUGUUCUUGGAAACUGAAGAUGAGACUUUUGGAUUACUUCUGCCAUUAAAAAUUCAGAUAUGUACACAUAGUUCAUGAAAAAUUCAAUGAUGCAUUACACUCAAGGAUGGAAGUGCCCAAACCCUCCAUCAGAUAAACAUUUUUAUCAGAUAAAUAAAUUACUAUUUUUAAAUUUCUAAAAACAGUUGUAAAAAGAUUAUCCGAGUUGAUUAUUGCGAGUUGGGCGUGCAUGUAGAAUUAAUUGUUUCCUGUAGUCUGCAGGUUAAAAUGCCGUUUAUGCAUUUCUUGCUAAAUGGUGAAGUGACAAAGUGAAAGCGAUGUAAUCAAUUGUGAAUGCAAAAUAAAAUUGAGCUGGUACUCUUACUAUAAUGCAUAGCUUACUCUUGCUAAGAUACAUUGUAAAAAAUAUUGCCACACGUGUAUAAGUCCAAACGUGCAUAUGUAUAGUGAACCGAUCAUGAUUAAUGCACCAAAUAAAAAUAUUAUGCAUAUAUUAAAGAACUUUGUAGUUGGACAUUUACUUCAUGUUACAAGUUUCGCGAAUAUUCGCAAUUUUGUGUAAGGCAUACUACUUGAGGUGGUACAAAAAAUUAGUCAGACUCAUGAAAAUAGGAAAUGGUUAAUAUUGAGGAUGGUUCAUAAUAUGUAUUCCACCAUAUGCUAACAUGUAAUAAAUGUAAUAUUCAACGUGAAAUAGAUUAGUGUACGUUAUGUACUUGCGCAUUUGACGAAUCAGUUUGCUCAUCAUGGUCUUUCAUGGGCUUUGCUACUUUUACUGCUGUUGUUAUUAGUUGACUUGACACCGCGUUGACGCACAACCACAGUCGUCGUCACUAUUUCCACGAAUUUACUGACGAUCAAACUGGAAUCAGAAUAAUUCUCACUUGGCGUGAGAUGUUUGGCUAUCUUCAACUGCCACAAACAUUUAUUUAGCUAGCCUAUUUACACAAGAAACUCUGCUCGAGAGUGCUGGAAAUAUUAGAAAUACCAACCCAAAAAUGGCCACGGCUGUAGAUGGGCACACAGUGCAUCAAGUGUUUUCUGAAGAAUACACGGAAAUCUGCAAAGACAAAAUUUGCCGAGAGGACUUGGACCUUUCUGGAAUCGGCUUCUCUGAUAAAAUCGCCUACGUUCUGCACAACGUAUUAACUCUUGCAGAAUGUGAGAAUCUCAUCCAAAAAACCGAAUCCGUCGGCUACAGCCCGGCGUUAGUCCAUGCCGGAAAUGUGGCCGUCUUCGCCCCAGGAUACAGGGACUCGCAGAGACUUAUGAUUGACGACACGGAAUUUGCAUCCAUUUUAUUCAAACGAAUAGGCCCACAUCUCCCACAACAGUUUCAAGAUAACCCAGAAGAUAAUACAACCAUAUUCAAACUGAAAGAAAUCAACGAGCGUCUCAGAUUUCUAAGAUACGACAUUGGGGACAAAUUCAAGGCGCACUACGACAGUUACUACGAGCGGCCCGAUGUGUCGGCCGUGACGUGGGUUACCCUCCAGGCCUACUUAAACGAUGAAUCGCUGGUUGGGGGCGAAACCACGUUUUUGGGGGAGGCGGGGUCGGAGGAUGAGUGGAGUCAAGAGGAGUUCCGAGUCCCCGUCGCCCCCACUACCGGCUCCAUUCUCGUUUUCCAGCACGACAUUCUCCACGAGGGGAGCAAGGUGCUUGGUGGGAGGAAGUAUACGAUUCGGAUGGACGUCUUGUAUGCCCCUGAUGAGGACGCGGAUAAGGGUUUGGACGAUUGAGUGACAUAAAUAUGUAUGCUUAGAUGGAACCUUAAGCCCAAUUUUUUGACCUCUCUCAUGCAUUAGCGCAGUAUAUUUGUCGCACUCCCUGGGAUUAAUUUAUACAAUGCACAUUUUGUUAAUUCUGUAGAAAGUUACAAUGUGUAUGUGUCUGCAAUUUUGAAACUAAGAACAUCAUGACGUUGUCAUAAAUGCUGAAAUAUAAAUAUCUGUACAAAUGUCUCA